CGGAAACAUGAGUGCCGUCCAGAUAUACCAGCAGAGUAUACGCAUACUCAAGUUCAACGCCAUUGCAGUUGGCGUAUCUCUGUGGAACCCUGACCAGUUUUUAAUCUUUGGAUCGUACUCGAUCAUGACGCAGAUGGUCAUCUACUUUUGGUGCAACUUUUGGACCGUUCACAAGUACCGCCACGAUAUAAUCCAUGUGAUGGAGGUGUUGAACUGUGCUGGGAUAGCGUUUCAGCUAUCGGUGAAGUUUUUCAUUGCCAUGUAUAACAAAACUAAAAUCCGGGGUUUACUACAGACCAUUGAGGACGAGCUUUAUGCACGCUAUCCGGAUCGAUCGAGUCAGGAGGGAGAUAUUGUGUACAUAUUUGCGAAAAAGUACAAUAUUUUGCUCAAGGUACUCGCUGUGCUGUAUUGCUCAACUCUGUUGGUAUUCGCACUGUACCCUUUGUACAUCUAUUACUCGGAACGGAAAUUUAUUCCGUUGUUCAUGUUUGAAGUUUCUUACGUCGAUUGGCACACCGUGUGGGGCUAUUUAUUGACCAAUUUCGUGCAGGUACUUACAUAUGUAAUGGGACUAAAUGGGAUGAUUUUGGCGGAUGGACUUUUGGUGUUACUCGUUGUGCAUGGGUUGGUGUACAUGGAAGUAUUCAUGAUCCAUUUGGGAGAACUAGGAAAACUGCUGGAGUCAUAUGAGGCGAGUGAAAAUGAAGAGGAGAUCUUUAGGCUCUGGAGAGAGUGCCUUUUGGAGCAUCAGACUAUUUUGGAAUACUUCAGUGAUAUUGAAAACAUCAACGGUGGAAUGAGUUUGAUUCUUGUGUUCACUGGUGUAUUCGCCAUAUGUGACAAUCUGGUUUUAUGUGCUCUGACUGAUUGGUAUGCUUCCUAUCUAUUUCUUAUGAUAUGCUUUGUCCAGAUGACAAUCUAUUUCACAGUUGGAAAUGCUGUGGAACUGAAGAGUGACGCGCUCGAUAUAAGCGUUGUCAAUUUCCCGUGGCAUCUGCUCGAUGGUGACCUUCAAAAAGAGUACCUAUUUUUAAUUUGUAGAAUGCGGCAACCUAUUAUUUUAACAGUGUAUGGAUUUUCCGAUCUUAGUCUGGAAACCUAUAUGUCGAUUUUGAAAGCUCUAUAUCAAUUUGCCAUGAUGAUUCUGAACUUUUUGACGUAA